AUGUCGCUGGCGCGAAAGCUGAUUGCGCCGAAGGCUGUUCGAACGUCGCAUGCACUCAGUGCGUUCCCUGUGGCAUACUUGCGGCCAACCCCGCCUCGCAUUGAGGAAGCUAUUGAGGCCGAUGACGUCGUCCUCACGUCGGACUUGGAAGUGGAGUACGAUGACGACGAUUCAGAUACGGGUGUGUUGAACACGGUGGAUGAGGUGCUGGCAUUUCAGGAGGACGAGGAGGAUUUGCAGGACGAGUCCUCACCAACCAAUAGUCAUCGGGGCGUCCCCCCCGAGCCCGUCCCCAACACUGCUAUGUUGCCCGACGAGCUCCGCGAAUUGUCGCGGUCGGGGUGGAACGUCCUCACUGGCAUGGUUCCUCCAGAUACUCCUGUUGACCAAUCCGAAUGGUUUCGUGGCUACUGUGGUCCUAGCCAUCAAGCCGCUUUGCUCUGGGACCAACCCAUGGACCUGUUCCACUUUUUCCUUCCGAAGUCUAUGUGGCAACACAUCGCCACUGAAACCAAUAACUACCGGCGCGAUAACAUCCAAACAAUCGUUACCGAGAUGCAUCGGACUCAGCGCCGCCUAGCGAAGUCGAAGCAAUCACACAAGGCCAAGCCUGUCGCAGUGUUGAUGGCGAAAGUCCUCAAUGUGAAACCCAUUGCACCUGCCGAGAUUCACGUGUGGUUUGGACUUCUCAUUGGCCAUAUGCUUUGCAAACGCAAACACAUCAAAGACCAAUGGAGCCGUAGUGAAAUCGGAGCCAUCCCUGCAGGGACGUUUGGGCGGUACAUGUCAAGGACAAGAUUUGAACAAAUUUCGAAGUACCUGCAUUUCUCCGACAACAAAGACCCCAGAGCAAAGACUGACAAAGCGUGGAAGGUGCGACCAAUUGUGGAGACUCUUGAACGCACCUUCAAAGAAGGGUACUUCAUGGGGCAAACCUUGGCCUUCGACGAAGGCAUCAUUCCAUCCCGAAGCCGCCUGAACAAGCUGAAGCAGUAUGUCAAGGACAAGCCUCACAAGUGGGGCACGAAGUUGUUCAUGCUGAACUGCAGUCGCACUGGCUACUGCGGACGAAUAGAGAUAUACUGCGGCAAGCAAACCUCGAGCGAGGAGCAGUGCGCCUUGGAUGCAAAGACGGGUCCAUCGGCUGUUGUGCGGAACAUCAAGCGGUACUUCGACCAAACGCUCGAUGAAGGGCGGCGCACGAUUGUAACCGACCGGUUUUACACCUCAGUUGCAUUGUCACAGCAACUGAGGGGUAUGAACUUCAAUUCCGUCGGUACUAUCAUGACAAACCGCCUUGGUUGGUGUAAAGACAUCAACUGGACCUUUGCUCGACGUCCAAAGAGCAUCAACCGAGGCGCAUUCAAGAUGGCGAUCGCCAAGUGUAACCCAGAAAUGGCCGCCAUAAGUUGGGUCGACAAUCGACCUGUGUCAUUCUUGUCGAAUGGGCUGCCAACCGAUCCAACCACCUGUCGCCGCCGUGAAAAGGCUACGGCCACAACACCGUACGAGUCAAAGACGGUACCGACACUGCAAUGCAUCAAAACGUACCUCGAUGGUAUGAACGGCUGUGACAGACACGAUCAACUACGGCUACACAGCUACUCCGUUCAGCUAAGUCGAAAGUUUGUAAAGUACUACAAGUCCCUCUUUCUUGGACUAGUUGACAUGGCCAUUGUCAACGCGUACAUUGUUCACAAAGACACUGCAGCUCGGCUCAACAUGCCGAUUAUGACCCAUCGCGAAUUCAUGCUGGCGCUUCAUGAACUUCUCCUGCAAGCCACCGCGGCCGACUUCACUCAAGAAAAAAAGAAAUCAACUGGUCCGAAUUCAGUGAGGAGUGCAACCCAGUCAACGACCUUCAACGAGAAGCGACACGUCCUUCAAGAAAUAACCAAGUGGAAGCCAACCAAGGCUGGUAGAUCGCGUGCGCGCCAGCGUUAUGGAUGUAAAGUAUGUCAAAUCAGCCGAACUGCUGAGCAAACGCGCGGACGGUCCACCGUCUUCAUCUGUGCGCAAUGUACUGAGGAUGCCAACGGAGGACAAUUGUUCUUAUGUCCCCAAGAGCGUACUCAAUGGAACGGCCAGCACAUGUCGUGCUUUGAGGUGUGGCACAGCCAGUGGCAAUGUGGCCUCCGCCUCCCACCGGCAUUUCGUUGCCGUUUCAUUCGUACAUUCAAGCCAUCGACGAGAUCAUUCGAAACCUCGCAGCGAGAUGAGGACGAAAGUAAGGAUCUCCAUGAAGACGGCGGUGAAGACGACGAAGGAAACGAUGGCGGAGACGAGGGUGCCAAAACCCAGGGACGCGACAGUUGCGAUGAUGUCUACCGUCAAAGCGAGAUCCUCGCAUAUGGUGCAGGAAUUCAAGGAAGUGACGGAGAAAGUGAUGCUAACUUCAACAACGCUGCCACCAACCAAAUCAACUUACACGACGAGACAAUCAAGGAUCGACAUGCCCGGACCGACGUGUCGGAAGGGGAUGCCAAGGCGUACACAGUGAAUGAAGAGUCCAGAUUCAUUCUCGUCCGCAACAUCCCGGCGCUGGGCGCGACCGACGAGUUGCUGCGACGACUCGCUGAGUUUGGGACCGUUGAACGUCACCGCCUCGAAGACGAUCACGACGACGCCUCCGAGUAUGUGGACGUCAUGUGGGUUCAAUUCGAUACUGUGACUGCUGCUCGUCGUGCCAAAGCGCUGGCGGUGAAGAACCCGUUCUACGGCAGCGUUUUGCAGAUCUCUUACCUUCCCCAGGACGAACGAUCAAGUGACACCCGGGCCAAACUCGACGAGCGACGGGAGCUGCUCCAGACACGGUUCCAUGCGCAUCAACGUCGUCAUGUUCCUCCCGACAUCAUUGGACCUCUCCUUCCUCAAGCCCCGCCGCGUGCUCCACUUCCGUUGUGUCCCCCACCCGCAGUGUCGGUAGAAGGACUCCCACCGCCGACUGCUCCAUCGAGUGAUUCGGUUGCGUCUCAACCAACAAGUAUGCCGCCCCCACCACCACAGAAACGUCGGCGUAUUUAA